AUUCUGGGACAUGUGACAGAGAGCUAUUCUUUGACAUCUCUAGUACUGAUCUUCAAAGCACAUAAGAAAAUCUGAGUCAGCAUGUCGAAAGAAGAUGACGGUGGCCGUGGCAAGACCAGAGAGGCAGAGGCAGGGGCAAACUCCUUCAGGUGGGAAGAAGAUGACGGUCCUCCAGAAAGUCAGCCUCGCCUUAAAAAGCUUGAUCAACCCAUUGAUCAUAGAACCUAUACCAUGUACCACGGCACAUCCAGAGAGGCAGCAGCCUCCAUUCAGAGGUCCGGAUUCAGGCCAUCCAGCGAUGGCAUGCUGGGUAGAGGAGUCUACCUCAGCCGGGACCUGCAGAAGGCCAGCAGGUACCCCUUGGAUCUUCCUGAAUCACAGCGAGUGGUCAUCAGGGUGAAGGUGGACGUGGGAAAGGUGAUAGCAAUCAACCGCCAGGGCCAUCCCAAGCAGAUGACCUGGCGUCAAUAUGGCUAUGACACAGCCUGGGUUCCCGCUGAAUGUGGCAUGGUGCCCAGUGGCCUGGAAGAGGAUUGUGUGUGGGAUCCCAACAAGAUCACAGUCAAGAAAUUGAUUUAUCCAAAGAAGGAGAAUCUCAGCACUGAUCAACCCGGUGAUGGUAAAACCUACACCAUGUACCACGGCACGACCAGAGAGGCAGCAGCCUCCAUCCUGAAGUCAGGAUUCAGGCCAUCCAGCGAUGGCAUGCUGGGUAGAGGAGUCUACCUCAGCAGGGAUCUGCAGAAGGCCAGCAGGUACCCCCUGGAUCUUCCUGAGUCACAGCGAGUGGUCAUCAGGGUGAAAGUGAACGUGGGAAGGGUAAUAGCAAUCAACUACCAGGGCCACCCCCUGCGGAAGAAAUGGCAUGACAAAGGCUAUGACACGGCCUGGGUUCCCCCUAACUGUGGCAUGGUCAAGAGUGGACUGGAGGAGGAUUGUGUGUGGGACCCCAAAAAGAUCACAGUCAUGAAUUUGAUUCAUCCGAAGUCGGGUCAACAUGCAGGUGCAUCAGGCUUUUACCGCUGAGGUAUAUAUAACUGUUGUGUAGAACAGUAGGUUACAUGUGAAGUGUAUUGUUUUCAAACAAGGAAAUCGUGACAUUUAAUAAAUAUAU